CCGGAACAACACUCUAGUCACAAUUUGUCGUCGAGUCCAAGUGAAAUGGUCAAUUUCUUCAAGUUCUCGAUCCUGCUUCAGAGCAUCUGUAUUUGCUUGAUUAUCAGGAGUUCAGAAGGUUCUUCUGAUCGCAAGCCAAUUGGACGAGUGGUCUAUGCGUCAGAUUUUGAGAUUCAAGUCAUCCCUACGUGGUCAUUAGGAAGCUACAAUGAUGAACAAAUGAACUUUAUAGGACCCACAAGGGGUAUGGCAAUGGAUCAAGAGACUUCGUCAAUUUGCAGUGGAAAUUCAAUCCUUCUGAAGUUUUCUAUUCCUCGGAGCUCACCACAAAGCUCGAAAGUUGGGCAACAAGAGGACGGGCAUGAAGAUUCGAAGCAUCGAUUUGCCUUAUAUCUAGAACCAGACAGCACUCAAUUUUUGCAUCCCAACGCCACGAUAAUUACUUACCAAUCCAGCAAUGGAAGUUCAACUCAUUCAAACCAACAGCUUCCAAUCUCUAGGCCAAUCAUUGCAGACGAAGUGCUAGCCUAUUCUGGAACAGCAAUUGAUGACAAUGAUCCAAAAAGUUUAGAUGAUAGUUACCAUCUCCGCUUUAACAAUUGGGCCAAUGUCUUAAUCCAUCAUCCUUACGGCACAAAGUGCGUCAGGAAUUCUGAUGAUCUGAUUUUGGAGGGCGCGUUCCAAGUCAAUGGUCGUCUUUGGCACAUCAAAUCACUUGAUUCUUACCAAAAGAGCAAAGGUCCAUAUGAUUCUCAGCCAAACGAGUUAAGCUCCGCUCCCGAACUGAAACACAAUCAAGUUCGGGAAGGUACAGAUUUCUCCUAUCAAAAAGAAAGUAUUCGGCAGCAAGCAUCUCGGGAAAAGCUAUCGAGUAGGGUGAUUAGCAAUUCAACGGAGACCUCAUCGCUUCAAAUAACAUAUACCGAGAGUUCAACUCAACACUAUCUCCAGAAACGACAAACAAUGACUAGUGACAUAGCUGGCUUGACUGGCGACAAAGUUAAUUAUGCGAGUACAAUUGGCUCGACGGAUGGAUGUCCCAAGAGCCCAAAAAUGGUAUACAUCGGCAUUGCAGUAGAUUGCACCUAUCUGAGGAAAUAUGGAUCAACUGAUGCAGUCAGAUUGGCAGUUUUGAAUAACAUGCAUCUGGUUUCAUCGGUUUAUCAGAGAACCUUCAAUAUCUCCUUAGGCAUAGUCGAAAUCAACAUGCCAUCUGAAUCAACUUGUCCUUCGCAACCUUCCUCCGAUCGGCCUUGGAAUGUCGAUUGUCCCGAUGCCUCUUCACAGGGCCUCGAUAUCAAUGAGCGUUUGAACAAAUUCAGUAAAUGGAGGUCAGAUAAAGGCGGCUCUGAUGGCGCUGGAUUAUGGCAUUUGCUAACUGAUUGUCCAAACGGAAGUCAAGUAGGUGUGUCUUGGCUGGGAUCGCUAUGUAAAGUGAAUGCGGAGCAGGGUGCCAAUGGUGGGACGACUAGUGGGACGGGAGUCACCGCUUCAACACCCAAUGAAUGGGAAACUAUGGCUCAUGAAAUUGGACACAACUUUGGAGCGGUUCAUGAUUGUGUAUCAGGAUGUAGUAUGGAAGACUCAUGUUGUCCAGCUUCGACUUCAAGCUGUAACAAUGGCGACCAAAACAUCAUGGCGCCUUCGAGCACGAGUGGCUCAACCGGCACGUUUUCUGCUUGCUCCAUAGGAAACAUUUGUAGCAACUUUAAGCCAGGAAACAGUCAAAGGAUGGAUUCCAGUUGUGUUGCGGAUCUAGGACAACAUUACACGAUCUCACUCAAUCAAUGUGGUAAUGGAAUCCUCGAACCCGGCGAAGAUUGUGAUCCUGGUCAAACCUUCUCUCCCUGUUGUCAGUGGGGUGUGUGCAAAUUCUCGCCCGGUUCGGUUUGUAUGCCGUCGGCCAAUUCUCCCUGUUGUUCUACUAGCUGUCAAUUUGCACCAGCUUCUACUCCUUGUAAUUCUUCUGAAUCCCUCUCCGCAACGUGCUCGGGAGAUAGUCCCAACUGUCCUUCAGGUACAGGUUCAGAAAAUCCAUCAUUCUCUUCUUCCUUUUAGUUUUGGCUUGGUUUCUUGCUUUCUGUCUCAUAAAACUAUUCAUAAUAUUCGAAGACAUUAGCAAUUUGAAUUCUCUUUCCCCAGCAUUCUGGUUCAAGCAAAGGUAUCAAAAAGAAUAAAUUUAUCAAAAAGAAUGUCAAAAACUUAUGAUCGC